CUGCUCGGAGUCGGUCGCCUUGCCGAUGCGACGAGACUCGAGACUCCGCACCGCCACGAGUGGCGGCAGAUUAGUUCCCAAAGGUAAUGGAUACAAAGUCCCGCCGAACCGUCAUCAAUCGGGUCUCGUGGCGCAAUGGUAGCGCGCUAGCUUCCGGUGCUAGCGGUUGUGCGUUCGAGUCGCACCGGGAUCGAUUUCUUUUUUGUUUUUCUUUUCUCGGGCUGGCGAUGCAGGUGUUUCUUUUUUGCUUUUGUCGGUGGCUGGCGUACAGAAAAGGGGCAAAACUGUAUGACCAUCUGGACGUGCUCCGUAGAGGUCUGCAAUAGACAGUAUGGAUGCUAUACUACUCCGUAGGUGAAAGUCUCUCUGUCAGUCAGAUAAGGUUGAUCUCCCUACAACUGCUAU